GCCACUUCCGGAUGCCUCGCCUCCGCCAUUUUGCACAUGGCUCUGGCUUUGUGCAUGUGUUAGUGCGCUAAUGUGCGUUCUACCUCUGUGAUUCCGUCAACACUCAGUAAUUCCCAAAAAAAGUCAGAAGAAAUUUCCGCAAUCAUCGGAAACUCAAGUGCCAGCUCGUGUCGUCCCCGAAAUCUAGCUGUUCACCCCCUCAUUCGUAUUUUUCUACGUUAAUUAAUAACAAUGGGACGUAAGAAGAAGAAGCAGUCGAGGCCCUGGUGCUGGUAUUGCAACAGAGAAUUCGACGACGAGAAAAUUCUAAUUCAGCAUCAGAAGGCGAAACACUUCAAGUGUCACAUUUGCCAUAAGAAGUUGUACACGGGGCCUGGGCUUAGUAUACACUGUAUGCAGGUCCACAAGGAGGCGAUAGACAAAGUACCAAACUCAUUGCCAAAUCGUAGCAAUAUAGAAAUCGAAAUAUACGGAAUGGAGGGGAUUCCCCCGAACGACGCCAAGGAGCACGAGAAGCAGAGGAAUGGAGGUAGGCCAGGCUCUCCAUCCUCCGGUGAGGACGAGCCAGCCCAGAAGAAGUCCAAGCCCGAGGGUCUCCUGGGCUCGGCCCCUGGGGCUGUGCCUACGCCCUCUGGAAUGAUGCCUGGAGUGAUGCCAGGCAUGCAGGGACACCCUGGAAUGCCCAUGGGACACCAAUUCCCCCCUGGAAUGCACAUGAUGUCUCAUCUGGGACACGUUGGACCCCCCUUCAUGGGACCAGGUGUUGGGGCUUCCAGGAUGAUGCAGGGAAUGCCAGGGAUGCCCCCAGUCUCAGGUGCCUCAAUGCCCCCAAGACCGCUGUUUCCAGCCGUCUCGACAGCAAUGUCAUCGGCUGGCAACGUAACGUCAAUGGGUACAACCGUAACGUCGAUAGCUGGGGGCUCGAUAGGUCCCAUAAAGCCAACAUUUCCGGCGUACGGAGGUGACAGUAGUGCCACGAUCAACAGCAGUGCCAGUGGUGAUCACAAAGUUAAUCUUAUUGCGACAACUGGUGCUGCUAGUAAAAUUAUUCACCCACAAGAGGAUCUCAGUCUCGAGGAAAUAAGGGCGAGAUUACCGAAAUAUCAACGAAAGCAGCUAGAUGACUCUGGCAGAAGGUCCCACGACGGUCAGAACCAUCAGUCUGCCCACCAGCAGGCCCAGCAGAAUCACCAGCAACAGCAAAACAAUCAUCAUCAUCAGCAGCAGCAGCAGGCAGCUGCAGUGGCGAAUGCCCAGGCUGCCUUCCAGGAUCAACAGCAGCGUCAGCAUGCAGCCCUCAGUGCUCUCCAGCAACAGCAGCAGCAACAACAGCCCCAGAGAUUCCAGAGGCCACCCCAGAUGAUGGUCCCUGCGUCAGCUGCUAUUCCUGUGUCUUCAGUCGCUCUCAUGGCACCUCUCAUGAGACCCACUAUGACACUAGCUGCUCCUGCACUCAUUCACGGAGGUAACAUGAUGAGACCGCCCCCCAUGGGCCUGCCACCAGGAAUGAUUGGUGCAUUGCCACCGGGUGCAAUGCAUCCAGCAUUUGCUGCCCCAAUGGGUUUUCCAGGUGCACCAAUGCUAGCACCAAUGAUGCAUCCACGCUUCAGAUGAUCGCCUCCGAUGGACGGGUCCAAUCCACCGCUGCACUUCGUGCUGUGGGCCCGGCCUUAGCCCCACCCUCCAUUAACCGAAAAAAAAAAACACACACACACAAGAUAAUUAAAAACAAAAUGUUUCAAGAGGAUUUAAACAGUUCACUCAAAAGUUAGCAAAAAAAAUAUUCGUUUUUUUAAUUAAUAAUUUUAAUCGAUUGAUUAAUUAAUCAAUUAACUUCUAAUUAGAGUGGAGUUGUGGGGCGGAUGGUGGCCCCAGUCGAGAGAUCGGAAAAAAACAGCUGAAAUUGAAAAAAAAACAAUCCAUUUUGCCCCACUAUUUCCCGAGAUAUUGAGGAAAAACGAAAUUGCCAUCAUUUCGUUUUUUCACUGUUACUCCUAAAAUAAUGGGGCAAAAUGGAUCGUCUUUUUUUUAAUUUGAGGUGUUAUUCACCGACCCGUUGAAUGGGGUUACCAGCCACCCCAUGCAGUGCCGACGAGACUUGAAUUGAAAUGAAAAAUUGAUGUUCUCGAUUAAUUAAUUAAUCAAUUUAGCGUAAGUGAUAGACUAAGCCUGGAAAUCAUUUCCCCCGUGGUUAAUGACACGAAUGAAAUUCUUUCUAGGCUGUCGAUAAUCCACUGGGAUGUCCUCGUGGUGAGACACACAAUGCGCGCAGACAGGUGGCGUCUUUACGCUGCUGCUAAUCAAUGAUUAAUUAUUAAUUUAUUUUCAAUGAGAUGGGAUGACUAACGACGAGGUACUAAUGAGCCUCUCGUUUCUUAUAUUCCGUACUGCAUCCAGGGAUGACUUUGAUUUUUAUGUUUAUUCGUAAAAAACCAGAGAUUUUUUACGAGUUAAUGUAAAUUUCUGGGUCUUCUUGGCUGAUUUAUAAGGAAUGGGUUUCUGAAAUAUAAGAAAUGGGGGUUUCGUGCAUCGUGGGUUAUUGUUGGUAUGAGGGAUUGCUCAGAGCGGGUGUUGAGGAGAUUAGUAGCAGCGUGGAGAUUGGCUGCCUCAGGUUAGUCAGUCGUAAUUUUUAUUUUGUACAAGUACUGCUGAAUUGAUUCGCACAGGUGAUGCCCUCCAAUGGGGUCGAUUGUGACCCCAUUCGAUAGAUCGGAAAAAAACGGCCGGAAUUAAAAAAAAGACGACCCAUAUUGCCCCAUUAUUUACUGAGUUACAGGCGAAAUUCGAAUUCGACUCAAUUUCGUUUUUGAUCGAUAUCUACCGUAAUUCUGGGGCAAAAUGGGUCGUCUUUUUUUUAAUUUCAGCUCAUUUUUGCUGAUCCAGGUGAUGGUGUGGGUUUGAACCCCAGAUUUUGGGGGGCAGAGGGCGGGAAUUUUGAGAGUAUGGCGAGAAAUGAGUGGCGUCAGCUUUGCGAAUCAAUUGGGAUGAUUUCCUUGCAAGGAACGUUAUGGCUACGCAUGAGUGAGUGGUAAGUACUGAGGGUACUCACAAAUUUUAAAGAGCGAUGUGAAAAUAUGAGGUGAUUUAUUGAUUAAUGAUGAAUUUAUUCGUGUAAUAAUGAUCACUCGUUCGAUCUGUAUUCGAUUAUUUUUCCUAUUAUUUUGUGAUUUCCUGGUUCGUUGAGCAAUCAUUAGAUCGAUUCUGAGAUCGUGGGGGAGCAUUGAAUAGUGAUUGGAUGAAUAAAAUACUCGAUUUGUUUCAAACACUCAAGGAUUUUCUUUGUUUAUUUCGAAGGUAAUUGGUGGAACUAUUGGUGAAACUGACGAGUUGGAUAUGACGUGUUUGAUGAUUAUGCGAUUAUUUUGGGGGUGAGUGGCUCCAGGGGGUAAUGUCAAAGGACUUCUCCCCCUGAUACGACUCCUUGUCUUGAUAAUUUCAUGAUGAAAGAUGUAAUUUUUGACCCUUCGGUUUUUCGGCUCAACAGUUAUACUAUUAUCUUUAAAAUCUAUUAAUCUUCACCACGAUCACAAUUUUUCUAUCAAAAAAACAGAAUAUCAAUUUGUGAACAAUGAUAAAAGAGCACUAAAUCCUCAGCUUUGCUUAUUUCUCGUCUCUACUCUUCAUUUUCAUUAAUUUUCAUUUUCAAGUGAAUAAUAAGUGGAGUCGAUGCGAUGAGUAUGGAGGAAAUGUUAAUGAAAUUUAAAGAGAUUAAGUGCGAAAGAAUUAAUAAACAUCAAUAAUCGUGCUGUGAACACGUGUACGUAUCAAAAUCUACGCAUUGUUAAUUAUUUAAUUUUCCAGAGAUUGUCUUUCUGAAUUUAUUUUUUAGAUUUUUCAUUUUGCAUUUGCGUUAUUAAUCGUGAUUUAUUUAUACCCAGCAGACGAAUUUUUCAGUGUUGAAUAAAUUAUUUCAACUGCUCUCCAGUCAUUUGAACAAUUAUUGUGAAAUUUAUUCGGCAGGACAAUCUCAUGCAGAAUCUGAACAUGUAGAAAGUUCUGUUACUAUUUCAUUGAGUGUCAUAAUUAUAAAAAUAAUUUUUUAAAUUUUUUUUUCUUGAUCCUGGAAUAAAGGAGUUUCGUGGAAAUAUUCUGCAAACAGUAUGGAAUAUAUUUCAGGCGAUAGUCUGCAAUUUUGGGAUGAAUUCGGAGGAAUUGAGACAACUUGACACUUCUAAAUUCAAAGACAAUUUUUUUUUUCGUAAAAAAAUUCCCAAAAUUUGCGGACGACAGCCACUUAUUGUUUCAACCAAUCACAGCUGAGAAGUGCUGUUGGACCACCUUGGUCCCUUGCCCACAGGCAGGCGAUUGUUUGGACCUACCGUCAUCACAGUGUCGAGUCAAUCAGAUGAAACCCCCUUAAAAAAUAUUUAGACUCGAUGAUUAACUCAAUAUAAAAAAAAUACUGAAAUGGGGCCAAACUUUGGGCCAUGAAUUCUCAGCCAAGUAUGGGUGAAAAAAUCGAAAAGAAAGCUAAAAAAAUUGUUCAUUCUCCAGGAAUUGAAUGAACCGUGUUGACGGUUAUUUCAUAAAGAUGAAUAAUCGUAAGAAAUGUCCAAAAACACGAGGUGGUCGACAGACUUGCGCCGCCAUCUUGUUUGUGAUUCAAGAUGGCGGCGCCUGCACCUCGCGUUUUUAAACAGUCAUUAAAAUUAUUCAUGCUCAUCAGUUUAUCCUCAACUGACUCCAUCCAGUUUCUAGAAAGUGAACAAAUUUUUAAAGCCAUCUUUCCGAAUUUUCCGCUCGCUUCGGCUGAAAUUCAAGAAUAUUCGAUUUCGGGGAUUCCCAGGGGCUCCAACUGACCCUCGACAUGAGUGGACGUGUGGCUGGACCGAGAAACAAUACAAAAAAGACAAUGAAAUCGGUUAAUAGUCCGAAAUUCGUAAUUAACCGAUUGAGAUCUCACGAUUUGUUUUUCCCUUUCUUCAUAUUUUUUUUUCUCAUUUACAAGAAGGAUGAGACAAUCAUCUUCACACUGUCCUUUACGCCGGGCAUGAGUGGGUGAUGGUACUCAGCUUAUUGAACUCGUUUGGUGAAUGCUUAGCUGGCUCUGUGUGUAAUACAAUAUGAUUAUCUCACGUUUUAUGCAAAUAUUUCGAUUGAAUUUCAAUAAAAUAGGAAUUUUAAACUGGAA